AUGGGGAGGCGAGAGCUGCUGUGUAUGCAGAGAUCGAUUCCUAACAUUGAUCAAGAAAAGGCAAUCCCUGGCACUGAACCAAAUGAAACUCUACGCACAUUUCGGUCUGGUGAAGUGCUGCGUCCAAGCCACAAAAAUAAACGGCAGGUGUACUUUGGGCAAAAUCUUGUCUGCAAAGAGUCCCUGUCAGCUGAAGGCAAAGGAAAGGCCAUCAAGGCGAUUGCUGCAAUUGCGUUGGUGGGCAUAGUUUUUAUUCCGAUAGGUCUUGCCUGCAUGGCAGCCUCAAACAAGGUUGUUGAAGUGGUGGAUCAAUAUGAAACCGCAUGCAUACCGGAGAAUAUGCGUGACAACAAAGUUGCUUAUAUCCAGAAUCCUUCAACGGACAAGUCCUGCCCAAGGUUGCUCAAGGUUCAUGCGCACAUGAAGGCGCCAAUUUACGUAUAUUAUAAACUCGACAAAUUCUACCAGAACCAUAGGAGGUAUGCAAGGAGCCGUAGCAUCAGCCAGCUGGGGUCCCCGAAGAUGGCCAAGGACACAAAGACCUGCAGCCCUGAAGCCACCGCGAACGGAGGAGGCCCCAUCGUCCCCUGCGGGCUCGUCGCAUGGAGCCUGUUCAACGACACCUACUGCUUCGCCCGUGGAAACGAGACGCUGGCGGUGAACAGGCAGGGCAUCUCGUGGAGGAGUGACAGAGGCCACCUGUUCGGCAACCGUGUGUACCCAAGGAACUUCCAGAUCGGCGCUCUGGUUGGCGGCGGGACGCUUGAUCCGAACAAAUCCCUGAGUGAGCAGGAGGAUCUGAUGGUGUGGAUGCGAACGGCGGCGCUGCCGGCGUUCCGGAAGCUGUACGGGAGGAUCGAGGUGGACCUCUACGCCGGCGACCAGAUCGCGGUGAUGGUUCAGAACAACUACAACACGUACAGCUUCGGCGGGAAGAAGGCGCUGGUGCUGUCCACCGCCGGCGUGCUGGGCGGCAGGAGCAGCUUCCUCGGCCGCGCAUACCUGGCCGGCGGCAUAGCCUGCCUCGCCCUGGCGCUGCUUCUCACGCUGCUCUUUCUCCUCCCGGUGCGAGCGCCCGCGUCGUAG